AAAGUGUCUUCCAAUCAACCCCGUAUUAUAGAGUGCGGCGGCUUGCGGCGACUUGCGGCGGCUUGCGGCGGAAGUUGCUAUGCGGCUCGGUGGGUUUCGUCGCGCGACUUGGUGGUUAACGGCGGAUCUGUUCGGAUCUGCUAUGGCUAAUCGUGACUCAAGGCUAAUUAGGGUUGUCGGAGCCACCGUCCCUGUUAGUCUCGCGAUUUGGUUUCCACUAGUCCGGAUCGAUCUUGACUGGUCUCGGGAAGGGUGCGUUGUUCAUCGGACGACGGAAGGGGGUUACAUCUUGCAUUCAUCGAUUUGCUAGGUAGGGGAAUCGGUGGAGGGCCGCGGUUAGUCGGAGUUUUGACUUAUUCCGGGAGGUUUGUUGCAGGUAUGGCUCGUCAUUGGAAGCGGAUCGGCGACGGGAACUGAGUACUCCUGUCAAAGGUUGUUUCCGGCGAUGUAGCUGCAACGCAGUGGACCUUGUACUCACCGGAUCUAGUAGGUGGGAGAUUUUGCUUUCCGGUCGGUCACUCAUUUCAGAUCUCGGCCAUCACCGGUGUUUCCGAUUCACUUUUCCGUUUUGUAUCCAUGAAUCUUUGUAUGUUCGUGGGCCGAAACCCAUUUGGGAAAUUAAUG